AAAUUCCGCAAUUUAGAUCGUAACUUAAUUCAUUCAUUAAAUCACUCGCGUCUUGAAUAAACAUAAACUGUUGUAGUUGCGAGGUUGGUAAUAAUGCGGAAGGAGGACAGUCCAGUAACAGAAUGGUACAAAAACAAAACCAUUUUCAUCACCGGAGGAAGUGGAUUGAUGGGAAAGGUCAUGAUUGAAAAACUGUUAUAUUCUUGUCCCGAAAUCAAAAAUAUUUAUAUAUUAAUACGAUCAAAGAGAGGCAAAACUCCAAAACAAAGAAUAGACGAUAUGUGGAAAUUACCGAUGUUUGAGAGACUAAGAAAAGCUCAGCCGGACGCAAUUAAAAAAAUUAUUCCUGUAACUGGCGACUUAUAUUCUGAAAAUUUGGGAUUAAGUUCGACAGACAUCGAACUUUUAGUUAAAGAAGUUAAUAUUGUAUUUCAUAUGGGAGCCACUUUAAAAUUGGAAGCUAAACUAGAUGACGCUGUUAAGCAGAAUACGGCGGGAACUGCAAGAGUCCUAGAUAUUGCCAAACAAAUGGAACACAUCGAAGUUUUUAUGCAUUUUAGUACGGCGUUUUGUUCAGCGGAUAUUGAAGUUUUCGAAGAAAGAGUUUACCCAAGUAAAGACUCGCCCAGAGACGUUAUCGAAAUAACAAAAUGGCUCAAUUCAGAUGCACUAGAAUCAGCAACUCCAUCGAUCAUAGAACCACAUCCAAAUACUUACACAUAUAGUAAAAGAUUAGCUGAAACUUUGGUGGCCGAUGAAAAAGAUCAUUUGCCAGUUUGUAUAGUUCGACCUGCAAUCGUUAUUCCUGCAGUAAACGAGCCGCUUCCUGGUUGGGUGGACAAUUUAAAUGGUCCGAUAGGCCUUAUGGUGGGAGCGGGAAAAGGCGUUAUUCGAUCUAUGCAUUGCAAAGGGGAAAAUAUAGGACAAUUUAUACCAGUCGAUUAUGCUAUUAACGCUAGUAUCUGUAUCGCUUAUUUCGUUGGAACUCAACAAACCGGAUUAGAUGAUGUACCUGUAUACAACUUAACUUCAUCUUCAGUAUUCAAAUUAACUUACAGAGAAGUUCUGGAUCAAGGUAGACAUAUAAUAUACGAUUAUCCAUUUGAGAUGCAAGUUUGGUAUCCCGACGGCGAUAUAAGAUCUUCAAAAAUUGUCCAUAAUGCUUACAGUUUGUUCUUUCAUUGGUUACCCGCUAUACUAAUUGAUUUUUUGAUGAUAAUUAUCCGACAAAAACCAUUUAUGCUUAGAAUUCAGAAAAAAAUCUACGACGGUCUUGAGCUUCUACAUUUUUUUUCAGUACGUCAAUGGUUAUUCAAAUCCGAAAAUUUCACUGGACUUGUUAAUAAAUUAACCGAAACGGAUCGAAAAAAGUUUCCAAUGUUAAAUUUACCAAUACUAGAAGAAUAUUUGAGAAACGCUAUUCUCGGUACAAGACAGUAUUGUGUAAAAGAAGAUUUGUCUUCUUUACCAAGAUGUAGAAGAAAACAAAAAGUAUUGUACGUAAUUCACAAAACGGCCGUUUACGGAUUUUACUAUUACAUCUUUUACCUCCUUAGCUGUUGGAUACCGCCAGUUAAAAUUUUGUUCAACGGAAUGAAAUCGAUUCUCAGUUACAUUCCAAUAGUCGGUUACUAUUUUGUGGAAAAAUAGUUUUCUUCAAGGCUUAUGCAUAAAUUUUUUUAUGAAAACAAAAGUUUUGUUUACGAAUAUACUUACUAACAAUAAAAAGUAAACGCCCAUAUUUGUUCAUCGAAUUUUAAUCAUUCGCGGUGGACGUACUUACUAUGCACUCAUUGAAGACUCUAAACUUGGUUCUUGGGGUAUUCAAUUCUAAUAUAGCUCAAUUUUAUGAUAUGUCGCUGCUAAAAUCUGUGGAGGAUGCUGUAAAUUCAACACUCAUAUCCUAUAUUUAUUCAAUUGAAAAUAGAUAUGGCGAUAUUAGUGAUUAGUUAAUGUGAUGUUGAUCUGUGAAGGCAAUAAACUAUUUGGUAGCAUAUAGACUUGUAGUAUAUCGCUGAAAAUAGGGUCUUGCAUCUUUGUAAGAAGGUUUUAAAAGACAUAUGAUACAAUUACUGUGCUGCUAUUCAAAUUCUAAUUAAAACUAAUGGUAAUCUGCUACCAUAUCGAAUAACACCAUAUGCUAUAACGCCCACAUUGUGGAGCACAUAACGUUACUUAAUUCUGGAUCCCAUCUUUCUCCACGUUGCAUUCUCACUCUUACCCGACCAUCAUGUAUAGACAAAAGCGAGAUUCAUCUCUAAAAAUGAUCUGAUUCCAUACCACUAAACCAAAGCAGAUGGCUACGACCAUAUUUAGCUGCCGGGAGCAGUACCGAAUACGGAUAAUAGGAAAGAAGACCUAAAAACGCGUACCAAUGCUUUUCAAACCAGUGAUAUGAUGUGAAUGGGAUGCUAAACCGGCUAUAUCGACGAUCUUUUCAAUUUGUGAAUGUUUUCCAAUGUUUGUUGGUCGAGAAAAUUAUCUUAUUUUUUUACGUAACUUAACAAUCGGACCUUUCAAAGUCACUUUACUGAGUCACCUGGUGAACUCUUUGCACUCUUGGUGUUUCGAUUGGAGCUUUACAUCAACAUACAUUAAUUUUUAAGUUGAAGUAUCGUCAUAAUUUCUUAUAAAUUGAAUGCUACGAGUGAAUAAACCACCAAAUAUUCAAUCCUAAAAAUUUUGUUAUAAUAUAAAACAUGAUUAAGAUCUGACGAACAUUUAUGGGCAUCAGUCUGUAGGUAAAUAGGUAUACAUAGUUAUUUUGGUAUCAUUAAACCGUUGUAAAUAUAAAGACAAUAAAAUAUUAUAUGCUCAAA